CUUUUUUCUCCUGUCUUUUUUCAUCUUAUUUUGAAUGGCAGUUUUGUUUGAUAGUUUAAAAUCCUAAAGACUGGAAGGACAGGGGGUUUGCAAGAAAAUAGACGAUACGCAAGAUACACUCAAGUUGGACUCGCACUCACUGUACCGCCAGCACGACGGGGCGUCCCGACCCAGCAGGACCGAGCAGGACGCCGCCUGAUUUUAUGCCGCUGUCUCAACAGCAGAGCACUUUCCCCAGUACCGGCUGUGUGGCGGUGACGCGGCGGACCAUGGACAACAGGCCUGUCCGGAGAAAGCGAACCGGUGCCGUUCGACAUCUGCUGCUAGCAGCCGCCUUCCUCGCCUGCAGCUCCCAACUGCUGGUGGUGGAUGCCAACUCAUGGUGGUCACUAGCUCUGACCCCGAUCCAGCGACCAGAGAUGUACAUCAUUGGAGCACAGCCUCUCUGCAGUCAGCUGUCUGGUCUCUCUCAAGGCCAGAGGAAGCUGUGCCAGCUGUACCAGGACCACAUGGUCUACAUCGGAGACGGAGCCAAGACGGGCAUCAAGGAGUGCCAGUACCAGUUCAGUCAGAGGAGGUGGAACUGCAGCACUGUGGACAACACAUCCGUGUUUGGACGCGUGAUGCAGAUUGGCUCGAGGGAAACGGCCUUCACUUACGCCAUCAGCGCAGCCGGAGUGGUCAACGCCAUCGGCCGGGCGUGCCGCGAGGGCGAGCUCUCCACCUGCGGCUGCAGCCGGGCGGCUCGACCCCGCGACCUGCCGCGCGAUUGGCUGUGGGGGGGCUGCGGCGACAAUGUGCAUUACGGCUACCGCUUUGCCCGGGAGUUUGUGGACGCCAGGGAGAGAGAGAAGAACUACCCGCGGGGCUCGACUGAGCACGCCCGGACGCUGAUGAACCUGCAGAACAAUGAAGCAGGGCGACAGGCGGCCUAUAACCUUGCGAAUGUAGCCUGUAAAUGUCACGGCGUCUCCGGUUCCUGCAGUCUGAAGACCUGUUGGCUCCAGCUGGCCGACUUCCGACGCGUCGGAGAGUUCCUGAAGGAGAAGUACGACAGCGCGGCUGCCAUGCGCAUCGGACGCAAGGGCAAGCUGGAGCUGGAGAACAAGCGCUUCAACACCCCGACCGCGGAGGAUCUGGUCUACAUCGACACCAGCCCCGACUACUGCCUCCGCAACGAGACCACGGGCUCGCUGGGCACGCAGGGCCGCCUCUGCAACAAGACCUCGGAGGGCAUGGACGGCUGCAAGCUCAUGUGCUGCGGCCGAGGAUACGACCAGUUCAAGACCUACAAGCACGAGCGCUGCCACUGCAAGUUCCACUGGUGCUGCUACGUCAAGUGCAAGCGCUGCACGACACUCGUGGACCAGUUUGUGUGCAAAUAGCACGCCGGCAGAGGACGGGCGGGCGGAAGGG